UCGGAGGGGCCGCUGCGCCGCGCCUUCGGGAAGUGCGGCGGCGGCCUCGAGGAGGCGGACGGCAGGGGGCCCGCCCGAGGGCGGGGUGCGGCCUGGGCCUUCCUGCGCUUCCGGAGCCCGGACGCGGCACGCAGAACCGAGGCGGCCAUGGCAGGCCGCGUGACGGGCAGGGGGCCCAUGAAGAUAGGCCACGGCAGGGCCGGCCCCACCACUCGCCUCUGGGUGGGGGGCCUGGGACCUGACACCUUGCCCGCAGCCCUGGCCCGGGAGUUCGACCGUUUUGGAAUCAUUCGCACCAUUGACCACGUCAAAGGAAAUAACUUCGCCUACAUCCAUUAUGAGAACCUGGACUCAGCUCAGGUUGCCUGUGCUGAAAUGAGGGGCUUUCCUUUGGGGGGUCCGCACCGCAGGCUCCGAGUGGAUUUUGCCAAAGCAGGGGAGUCGCGGUAUCCCCAGCAGUACCGACCCGCACCCCUCCCCGUGGAUUAUGAGCCGCUCAAAGAUGGGUUUUCCAGGCACCCAGCCCUGGGUUUGAACCUGCGGGUGCGAGACAAGAUCCACCCGUACCUGCAUCUAGGCCGAGAUCCGACCUUUCUGGAAGGGCACUGGACCCGCCCCAGUAAAAUUGUGGAUCCCAGAAACAGCCUGGAGGGUCUUAGCCGCUCAAUGCACAGCCUCAGUGGUGAUCACUGGAGCGGGGAAGAGGACCGAGGCCUGGCCAAGAUGUGGGAAGACAGGCGGGAGGACCUCCAUGGGAGAACGCCCCACUGUGCAUAUAAGAAGUGGAGCUGGACCAAGGGGGUUGGACCACAGUAUGACUGCCAGGCGAACCACACUGGUACCGGGACCACUUUGGAGUUGGGCACCAACUCCCUCAGCAGCAGCACACGUGGGGCUGAGGAGUGGGGCCACCACCUCCUCCAAGAAGCUGCAGACUCUUCCUGUGGGAAGAAGACAAGUGAGAGAGAGUGCAGUUAUGGGACUACUGAGGCAGAGCCCAAGCCUCUGGAAGAAUCAAAACAUGAGACCAAAAAGCUGAAGACUCUUUCGCAGACCCUGCAGCUAGGUUGGAAUGGGCUUCUAGUGUUGAAAACCAGCUGCUUUCCAGUGUCUAUGUAUAUCCUAGAGGGAGACCAGGGAGUUAUCAGUGGUCUCCUGACAGACCAGACAUCCGGGAGCCGGCUGACCCAGCUGAAGAUUACACAGCGCCUUUCACUGGAGCAGCCCAAGUUUGAGGAGGUCACACGACGCAUCAGGCGGGGCAGGGCCAAGGGCUACGCCGUGCUCCUGGCUACACAGUCAGUCCCCAGCGGGCCUGGCACGGAGGGGAUGCCCAUCAUGGAACCAGGCCUACAGAGGCGGCUUCUCAGGAACCUGGUCUCUUACUUAAAGGGGAAGCAGGCUGCAGGGGUGAUCAGCCUGCCAGUGGGUAGGCCCAAGGGCAGAGACUGCAAGGGCAUGCUCUAUGCCUUCCCACCCUGCCCCUUCUCACAGCAGUACCUGCAGUCCGCCCUGAGGACGCUGGGCAAGCUGGAAGAGGAGCACAUGCUGAUAGUGAUAGUGACAGGUUGGGCCUAGCCCAGAGCUGCCCUUUCCAGCGCCAAGUCUGUGUCACAAAAAGUUACUUUAAAAUUGGAUUCAUUUUGGCCUGUUAGUCUGGCUGUUAAUCUGUAUGUAUGGCAAUUUUUUAAGGAAUUAUAAGAUAAAUACAUGAAUCUGAGGCUAGCCAAAAAAGGGAGAGUGGAAGGGAAGAAUAGGAAAGAAGGGAGGUAUGUUAUGUAUCUGUACCAGUUCCCUACUAUGAAUGUAGUUAUUUUGUACUGCAAACAUGUACUAAGAAAAAUUAAAGUCUGCUUUCU